AAAAUGCCCCACAGCAGAAUGUAUAUUGCGUGAUUAACUGCAAGGGGGAUUGUUCAUACAGCUUUUCUGUACAAAACGCAGAAUUUUUCUACUUCUAGUAAGACCAUUAAUAUCUCAAACAUUCUCAGGCUAUAAGUAUCUGCUUCCUUAACCUGCUUAAGGUUUACCAUUUAGUAGAGAGAGAGAGAGAGAGAGAGAGAGAGUGAGAGAGAGAGAGAUCAAUAAUGAAGAUUGUUCGUAUGUGGAAAUCUUUGUCUAGGACCAGGUCUGUGCAUAAUCAUCAAGAACAGCAUGACCACCAAGAUUACAAGGCUACUGAUAACAGUACUUCCGGGGCUUGCACAUCAUUAACAGUGUGGAGAAAAUCCCUUCUAAUUAGCUGUAAAGGGUUCACAGUCAUCGAUACAAAUGGAGAUCUUGUUUAUCGAGUGGACAACUACGUCGGACAUCCUGAGGAAGUCAUUCUCAUGGAUGGCUCUGGAAAGUCUGUCCUCACAAUGCGUCGCCGAAAGAAGCUUAAUCUAAUUGAUACUUGGUUUGUGCACGACGGGGAAGCUGGCAAUUGUUGCCCAAUAAGAUCAACAUUUGCAGCAUCAAAAAGUAUGCCAACGUUUUACGUGAGGAAGAACAAGAACAUGCUAAAUACCAAUCCCAGGAGUAUACUUGCUUAUGUGUAUCGAGAGGCAUGUGGCCACAAAAGACAUACAUAUAUGAUUGAAGGUUCUUUCACGCACAGAUCAUGCAAGGUAUUAGAUGAGUCGAGGAAUGUGGUAGCUGAGAUCAAGAGAAAGGAACCAAAUAUUGGAGGUGUUUCUUAUGGAUUAGAUGUUUUUCAUUUAAUUGUGCAUUCUGGCUUUGAUUCUGGACUUGCAAUGGCUCUUGUAUUAGUAUUAGAUCAGUUGUUUUCUUAGGUUUAUUUUCUAUCAAUUCAUUGAUAUGUAUUUAUGUUGGACGAAAUAUGGUUUUCCAUACAAGUCCUUAUGUCAAUUACUACUGAAGAGAUCUCAACAAAUAAGGAUAAUAUGGAAU